AUGUCCGCGCAGAGUACUUCUUCUGAUCAUGAUGCAGGCGGUGCUACUCCUGCUGUGGACAUGAACACUGCUGCUGCUACAUUUGUAUCGUCGCUGCUCGCUGAAGAUGAUGAACAUUCACGCGUAGUCGAAGGAUCUGGUGGUCCCGAGCUUCCAAAGGCUCAAUUAUACGUUGAAGAUCGACUUACGGAAUUUCAAGAUCACGAGCUACUCAAAUCCGCAUUUGCCAAAGGAGUCGAUUUACGUGAAUAUGCCAAGCAGAUUGAAAAGGAAUUGGAUGAACUGGAGCAGGCACAUGUUCUAGAUUAUGUGAAACAGAGCCCUGCAUUGGCAGAUCUGCAUUCUCAGAUACAGAGUUGUGACAACAUCCUCGAGCAUAUGGAAUCACUGCUUAGUGACUUCCAAGCGACGCUGGGCAAGAUCAGUGAAGAAAUCGAGACUUUGCAAGAGCAAUCCCAUACCAUGAAUAUCAAACUCAAGAAUCGGACGAAUCUGGAGACACUGCUCAACGCCGUUUUGGAUGGUGUUGUGAUUAGUCCGGAUCUGAUAAAAAAGAUAUGUGAAGGAGAAGUAAAUGACUUCUUUCUGACACAUUUGAAUGAUCUGAAUAAGAAAAUGUCAUAUGUGAAGGCUCAACAGAACAAACAUGUGCGAGCAUUCAAGGAUGUUGGACCAGAGCUAGAGCGAUUACGGCUCAAGGCAACUGAGAAAAUACGAGAAUUCCUACUCCGCAAGAUCGAAUCACUACGUGCACCAAAUACAAAUAUCGCCAUGAUUCAGCAAAGUGUGCUGUUAAAGUACAAGGACCUGUAUUGGUUUCUGUUGGAACGAUAUGCUGAUGCUGCUGGUGAAAUAAGGGUUAACUAUGUGAAUACUGUUGGAGGUUACUAUUUGAUGUGCUUUGACAAGUAUUUGAAAUCUAUGCAGAGGCUGCAAACGGUCAUAGCCGACAAGUUUGAUCUGAUUGGAUAUGAGGAGAGUGUCAAGAAAGGUCUCUUCAGUGGCAAACUAGCACUCAAAGACAAAACCAACGUCUUCACAUUGGGUGAUCGGCUUCAAGUCUUGACAAAUCCGCCAGACACAGGAAUCAUCCUACCUCAUAUAGCCGAAGAUCGCAAUCUGAGAUUUCCAUUUGAAGCCAUUUUCAAAAGCAUCAAUCGACUACUCAUGGACAAUGCGUCAUCCGAGUAUAUAUUUGACAUUGAGUUCUUUGCUCCCUCACGAGUCGUGCAUAAGCCCGGCGUGGCGAAUGCGCCAGGUAGUGAAUUGAUGUAUCUGCAGGCUGUAUUCAUGGAGACAUUUGAUUCCACUUUGAAGCUGUUAGCUGCAAGCAACAAGCAAUACGUGGACGCAAGUUUUGAUGCUGUCGGAAUACUUCUCUGCAUACGGCUCAACAUGCAAAACAUCAUGAUUCAACAAAAGAGAUGUGUGCCGUGUCUUGAAAACUAUAUGAAUGCUACGAACAUGGUGUUGUGGCCUCGUUUUCAGGCUAUUAUGGACAUGCAUAUCGAGUCUGUCAAGAAGGCUAUACCGGGUAAAUUGUUACCUACGAAGGACGUGCAUCCUCAUUAUUUGACAAGACGUUACGCAGAGUUUUCUGCGUCAAUACUGACUCUGAAUCAAGGAUAUGAUGAUGCUCUUUUGAUCAAUAGUCUUCAAAGGCUCCGCACAGAAGUAGAAGCACUGCUAUUUAGAAUGUCUGGUGAAUUUUCAGAUAGAAAGAGUCGACUUGUGUUCAUGAUCAACAAUUAUGAUUUGGUUGCUUCCAUUCUGACGGAACAUACGGCAUCCUCAUUUGAUCAAGAAAAGGACUACUUUGGUGGAAUGUUGACCAACAAGACCACGGAAUUCGUGGAAGAAGAAUUGAAACCCGUGUUUGGGUUUUUGAUGAACUUUGUUAAUCAUGGCGAGCUUGAACAGGAUGUGAAUAAUAUACAGCCAGAAAAAUUCGACCAAGUCGCGUCCGAAUUCACCGCAACAUGGAAGAAUGCAUUAAACAGUAUCAAUGCUUCCGUCAUACAAUCGUUUCCCAACUUUCAGAAUGGUGCUCGAGUGCUACAGUCUGUUUUGACGAGACUGGUGUUAUACUAUCGACGCUUCUUGACAUUGUAUGAGAAGAGGUUUGGGAAUGGGAAGAAGAGGAGUGUGCAGCCUGUUGGGUUGCAGAGUCUGAUGGUUGAACUAAAGAAGUGA